UAUUGUAUAGUAUCUUUGUUGAAUUCGAAGUUCUACUGCGCGUAGCAACGAGUUGGUGGGUUAGGAGUUGCCGGUGUUUGUGGAUUUUAUUUUUGUUGUUGGUGUGUGAAAAAUGCAACCAAAUGAUCCAGAAAAAUUUGAUGGAAUGUUGCUUGCUAUGGCACAGCAACAUGAAGGUGGUGUCCAAGAGCUACUGGACACCAUCUUCAGUUUCCUAGCAAGGAAAACUGAUUUCUUUACUGGUGGGGGUAAAGGAGCAGGAGAAAAAUUGGUAAUGGAAAAGUUCAAGAAAUAUGAAAAGGUGGCAUUAGACAUGGAAGCACAGAAAGCUGAGGAACGAGAAGCCAAUGAGAAACGACGCCGUGAAAAAGCAGAAGCACAGAGAAAGAAGGAACAGGAACUACAGAAGCAACAACAGGCUGAAGAAGCAGCAUCCAUUACUGAACUUACCGAAGAAGAGGCCAAGAAAUUGCAGGAUGAAAUCGAUCAGGAGAAAAACAAAAGGACCAAUCCGACUCCCAUGGAAAUCAGUAAUGAGAAUGUGGAUGCUUCUGGGGACAAGGCUAGUGAAGCUGAGGAGGAAGAAGAUCCAAAAGAAAAAGGAAAACUAAAACCAAACUCUGGCAAUGGAUGCGAUCUUCCCAACUACCGGUGGACACAGACUCUGUCAGAAGUGGAGUUACGUGUACCUCUGAAUACUCCAAAUCCUCUACGCCCACGAGAUCUGGUGGUGAGCAUAACAAAGAAGCACCUGGUGUGUGGAAUCCGUGGCCAGCCUCCGAUUAUAGAUGGAGAUUUACAUUCAGAAAUAAAAAUAGAAGAAUCAACAUGGGUGCUAGAGGAUGGACGAACACUGUUUCUUAGUCUUGAAAAAGUGAACAAAAUGGAAUGGUGGAGCAGACUAGUACUGACAGACCCAGAAAUAUCUACACGUAAAAUCAAUCCAGAACCAUCCAAGUUGUCUGAUUUAGAUGGAGAGACACGUGGACUUGUAGAGAAAAUGAUGUAUGAUCAGCGACAACGAGAAAUGGGCCUUCCAACAUCAGACGAACAGAAGAAACAAGAUGUAAUUAAAAAGUUUAUGGAACAGCAUCCAGAAAUGGACUUCUCAAAGUGCAAAUUUAAUUAAUAUUGUGAAAGAAAGUGAAUGUUGUUGAUUACAGCAAGUGUUACUAAGACUGAGAGACUGGACAGUUCAAUUAUAUAUAUUUUUUUCUUUUUAGUAUAAUUUUGUAAGAAUAUGAAAAGGAUCAGCGUAUUUGUUUCUUUCACAGAAAGUUGUUGUCUGUGUCCUUUAUUGUGGUGUGUAUAUAUGAUUCUGACAGAAGACUUUUAAAGAAAUUGGCUUUUCAGUUGUUUGAGGACAAGAUUACGUGGAGGACUGCUCCAAAUACUAGUAAUUGAGAAAAACUCACAUACUGAAUCACCACUGUUUCAUGGAAAUUUAACUCUUAUUCCAUGCAGUUACUCUUUGUUUUGGCUCUGCUGCUCAAUAUGGUUCAAAUAUGUCAAAAUGCAACCGUCUUUCAGAAAUUUCAAAGCUGUGUGCUUAGAGUAUAAAGGCUUGUGAUUUAAACUUCUGUUUUGUUUUUCUGUCACUUCACAUUUACUGGUCAAUACCUUUAAGGAUUUACACCUAAAACCACAUUUCAUGUGUGAAUUUUAAUAAAAAUUUAUGAAAGA